ACUCAUUGUAGCUUUACAGACCUGCCUCGGCUGAUUUGUGCCAAACACCAUUCAUAGUUCAUCUCACGACACCGUGUUGGCUAAAACUUGUUUUUUUUGCUAUGGAGCGCAAAGUUGCUCGAGAGUUCCGCCAUAAGGUGGAGUUGCUGAUUGAAAAUGAAGCAGAAAAAGACUACCUUUACGAUGUCCUUCGCUUGUAUCACCAGUCCAUGGAAUUGCCAGUGCUUGUUGGUGACCUGAAGCUGGUAAUCAAUGAACCAAAGCGUUUGCCUCUGUUUGAUGCCAUCCGGCCUCUCAUCCCACUCAAACACCAAGUGGAGUAUGACCUGCUAACCCCCAAGAGGUCCAGGAAGCUGAAAGAGGUGCGUUUAGAUCGGACACAUCGUGAUGGGCUGGGACUGAGUGUUCGAGGAGGGCUGGAGUUUGGAUGCGGUCUUUACAUAUCACAGAUUGUCAAAGAUGGCCAGGCUGGGAAUGUUGGCCUUCAGGUUGGUGAUGAGAUUGUGCGUAUCAAUGGAUACUCCAUCUCCUCUUGUAUCCACGAGGAGGUCAUAAGUCUUAUCAAGACGAAGAAAAUCGUAUCACUCAAAGUCAGACAUGUGGGGAUGAUUCCUGUAAAAAGCUCAUCUGAUGAACCCCUCAAGUGGCAGUUCGUGGACCAGUUUGUGUCUGAUUCUGGGGAGAAUAAAAGCAGUGUUGCUGGUUUGGUAUCGAUUGGAGGGAAGGAGAUCAAGGAGAAGAAGGUCUUUCUCAGCCUGGUGGGCACCAAGGGCAUGGGUAUCAGUAUCUCCAGUGGUCCCACACAGAAACCUGGCAUCUACAUCAGUAAUGUCAAAGCAGGCUCACUUUCCGCGGAGGUUGGACUUCAAGUUGGAGACCAGAUUGUGGAGGUGAAUGGAAUAGACUUCACCAAUGUGGACCACAAAGAGGCUGUGAGAGUCCUGAAAAGCAGCAGGAGUCUGACUAUUACUGUUCUGACAGGAGCUGGCAGUGAGCUGUUUAUGACAGAUGAGGAGCGGCUGGCAGUGGAGGCUCGCAGGGAGCUGGAGAGGCAGGAGCUGAUGCAUCAGAAGAGGGUGGCUCUGGAGACUAACAAGAUCCUUAAAGAGCAACAGGAGAUGGAGAGGCAGAGAAUGAUGGAAAUCUCACAGAAGACUGCAGAGGAAGAGCAGCGCUACAAGAAGGAGAUGGAGAAGAUUGAGGCAGUAGAGAGGAAACACCACAGAGAUUGGGAGGAGGAUUAUGGAACUGAAGAGCAGCCCCAUAGUCGUCAGAUUCAGAGGAGCCCUUCACCUGCCCCACCUGAGAUCAAAACCUCCCAGUCUCCGAAGGCCAAAAGUUCUCAUGAUGAAGGCAGCUCAGAGGAGGUCACGGAAGAUAAGGAGGACAGACAAGGCUUUCAGAAAUACUUGGAGGACUUCGAUCCCCACUCAAUGUUUUCAUCAGACCAGAUAGCAGGACGCGACGUGAGAUUACUCAGGAUCAGAAAGGUGGGACAGCUGGACUUGGCUCUGGAGGGGGGUGCAGACUCACCUUUGGGGAAGUUAGUGAUAUCGUCUGUGUAUGAGGGAGGGGCUGCAGACAAGCACGGUGGUAUUGUAAAUGGAGAUGAACUCAUGGCUGUUAAUGGGAAGAUCUUGAUCGACGCAACACUGACUGAAGGGCAAAAUUCUCUGGCCCGAGCCUGGAAUAGUGGAGGGGACUGGAUUGAUGUUGUCAUUGCAGUGUCGCCCCCAAAAGAAUAUGAGGAUGAAGUAACAUUCUUCUAAUUCCACCAACCAGUCUGAUUAAGAAGAAGGAGCUUUAAAAUCUUGAAGAUUCCCUCAGGACACCAAAUCACACUUUCCUGAUGUUUUUCAGCUGCAUCGGUCUCUCUGUGGUUCUUACUUUGCAUGGCAAAUUUAAGAAAAAAGAUCUUGUCAAUAGACUGCAUUCUUUGUCUUUAUCUGUGAAGGAUGCUUUGAUCAAUAUUUCAUUUUACUCCAGUAAUCCCUUCCACUGCUGUGAGGCAUGGUCAUGAAGCCUUCUGCGUUAUAUGGAAACAGGAUCAAGGGUAUGUGUUUCAUUGGUCUGUGGGAAAAAGACGUGACCAAUUUUAAGUCAAGUCCACUCUCUCAAUUGUAAUAAAGGAAUUAUCAAUG